GCGGCAGGCGAACCGCACAGACCGGGAGAGAGAGAGAGAGAGAGAGAGAGAGAGAGAGAGAGAGAGAGAGAGAGAGAACACGAACGCAUUUGGGAGGGCACAGCCUUAAACUUACAGAAUAGUGAUAUGCGCUAAAGUUACACGCGGCAAUGGUAGUAAAUGUCCUUAAGGCGCACUGACACUCAAUGAUGGCAGAAUUUUGCGUGUCUCGCUGCGCUUGAGCCUCUGCCGCAGCCACAGGAUAAUGUCGGAAAAGGGCUGAAAACUACCGCAGAUCUCUGCGUUUAGUCGCUGGAUCGAUUUCGGCCCACGAUAGAGAAACGCCGGUAUGGAUUUGGAAUGGUCCGAUAUUCAGAAGUCUGGAUUGUAGAGCUCGAACAGCGCGCAGUUAUUUUUGGUAGGCGAUUUGCGCAUUGACAGAAAUGCCAUCAGCCGGGUUUUUUCCCUAGUUUCCGCUCUUAUCCUUCUGGAAGUCGUGAUGGAAGACGCAGGAGGCUCCAAGCAAAACAGGGGGACGUUCAUCGUCCCGACCAUUAAAUCGUUUGACCACUACGACUUUGCGAGGGCAAAAAUAGCGAGCAGUUUGACGUGGCUUGUGGCCAAAGCCUUUGGUUCAGAUUGUAUUCCAGUGGAGCUUGAGAAGCCAUUCUAUAAGGACCAGUAUGAUCAGGAGCACUUGAAACCUCCGGUGGUAUCGCUACUUCUGUCAGCCGAGCUCUACUGUAGGGCUGGCAGCCUUAUUCUACGUAGCGAUGCUGCUAGACCCCUCUUGGGUCAUAACGGUGUCAUCCAGGCCCUGGCUCAGAAAGGCCUGUAUGUAACUGACCUGGAAAGACUCGUCACUGAGAGAGACCUUUGCAAAACACCAAUCCAGAUGAGCUCCCACCUGGCGAUGAUUGACACUCUGAUGAUGGCAUACACAGUGGAGAUGAUCAGUGUUGAGAGAGUGCUGACCUGUGUACAGAAAUACUCACCUUUCUUUCCAGAGGAAGACUUCCCUUAUGAUGUUGAAGAAGCUGUGACCACCUGGAUUAACAAGGUUAAUGAAUACUUGAGAGAAACCAUGGCUUAUGAUCAAAGAGUAGGAAACAACCUGCAGGCCAAACCUGCUGGCCAAAAGUACAACAAGGAGGACCUUGAAGCACAGUCUGCACUCUAUCUCCCACAAGUGGACAACCUGCUGAAGGACAACACAGAUGGCUGUGCUCUGGCAGCAUUGCUGCAUUUCUAUUGCCCCACUGCAGUGCCCCUUGAAGAUAUCUGUGUGAAGGAGACAAUGUCAUUGGCUGAUAGUCUGUACAACCUACAGCUCAUCCAGGACUUUUGCAGGGAGAACCUGAAUAAUUGCUGUCAUUUCUCACUGGAGGACAUGCUUUAUGCCUACAGCUCUAUUAAGAGUAACUACCUUGUGUUUAUGGCAGAGCUGUUUUGGUGGUUUGAAGUGGUCAAACCCUCUUUUGUUCAGCCCUUCACACUUGAAUCUAAAGGUUGUAACCCAGCUGAGGCAAUUCAAAUGGCUCCUGUAACCAAACACAACGUAAUCCACAGGUCCCUGAGCCCUGAUCUGCCAAAGUCACCAAGCUCUACGAAUCCAGCUAUGAUAAAACGGUCAAACUCUCUGUCUUAUGUGGACGGAUGUGUGUGGACAUGGCCCAAAGAGAAAAGGUCUUCAGGUCAUGGUAUCUCAUUUGAGAUAUCAUUUGAUGACCCGAUGACUUGUAUGUCAAGUCAAGGGUUGAGUCGGUCUGCAAGCUCGGAGGGCUUGGGGUUCAAAGUUCACAACUCGCUACGGGGCAAGCGCCGGAAUCUCUCUUUCCAACCUGUUAAUGGAAGCGCACACACACCAUUACGAGAGGAAGAGGAUGAUGUAGCAUCACUCCGUGGUCCUGUCAGACCUAUUAGAACUGACUCUAGGUUUUCAAAUGGGGUGCAUCCAGAUGUCACAAUUCCUCAGCCUCCGACUCCAACUAUAGAGGAGGCUCUGAAGAUCAUCCAUGACUCAGAGUGCUCUCACAGCAGCCUGUGUCCCCCUGUUGGUGAAAAUGCCUUUUUCCUGCACCCCCCAGAAACCCAGGGCCAUGCUGCUGCUGCAUCGGAUGUGCCAGACCCAGAAGCCAAUCUGUCUAAAGCCCGGAUUGAUGAUGGACAACUAAAUUCUACAUCCACAGACAUGGAUACAGGAAUUCAUGUUCGCACAGAAGACAUCCAGGAUGGUCAGGAUGAAGACUCAUCUUUAAAGGACUACUCUGAUAUGGACCAAGACUAUGAAGCCCGUUCCUGCCCGUUACCUGAUUUUGGUGGAAAUUUCAGCCCUGUAUCAAGUCUCCAGGGUCAGUGUUCACUGGCUGCAAGCUCCAGUUCUUUAAUUGGCUCUUCCUUAGCUGUACGCAUGACAAAUUUUGCUGAACAAAAGUUCCGCAAGCUGAACCAUGGGGAAGGGCGAAGUGGUGGACAUACACCUGAAACUGAUAUAAGCACUACGGCUGCUAUGGAAGUUGCAAGGUCAAUUACACCGGAUGCCCAAAGUCAGGCCAGCUCACCUCGUGACCCAUCUAACCUGUUAGUGUCUGAGAUGGUACAGUUGAAGAUGAAGCUUGAGGAAAAGCGGCGAGCUAUUGAAGCUCAAAAAAAGAAAGUGGAAGCAGCUUUCACACGGCACCGGCAGAGGAUGGGUCGCACUGCAUUUCUCAACAUUGUUCGCCGCAAAGGAACCGUCUCACCACUAGGGGGUGACGGUGGCAGUUGCACAAGUCUAUAUGAGAAGCAAAACAUUGAACCACAACAUGUCGGAACAAACAAUAGCUGCUCUCAAUUAGAGAGGUGUAAGCCUGAUGGGGCACCACUUAAAUUGAGCUCAGAGGAAGGAGGAAGUGCAGAGGUGGUAGACUUGACAGAGUACACACGCUCGAUUGAACGCCUGAAUGCAUCACUGAGCUUCCUGCAGACAGAAAUGCAGCGCCUGGCACAGCAGCAGGAACACAUCAUGCGUCUACGUGACCAGCAAGCCUGGGUGAUCUCCCCUCCACACACACAAAUGCAGACUUCAUUACCAAAACACCUGUGUGAGCUGCGUAGUAGUAGUGUUGUGGGUCGUGGAUCUGUGGGGUCAAUUUCCCCAAACCUAUCUACCACAGGGUCACCUCGUACCACUCAGCGGUCACCUGCCCCCAUGAAGAGAAAGUCUGCUUCCUUCCAUGCCAGAACACCCCGUACUCCGCGCCCAAGUGAGCUGAAAGUCACUUCUUUUAGUCGGAUGUUAAACACCCCACAGUCAGUCGAUAGCUUACCUAGGCUGCGCCGGUUCUCUGCUCGCCAAACACAAACUAGUUCUUUUGCCUAUCUUGGACAUGAUGAGGGACCUACAGUGGAGAGUCAUACGAAUAAAAAGGAAGUAAUUGCAUUGUCAGUGGGGUCUAUUGACAAGCAAACUGACAGAGAUGCAGAAAAGAUUUCUGGUGAUUAUCUCUCCAGCCAAGUCACAGAGAACCAAGGAGAGAAAGAGAAAAAAAAAGAUAAAGAUAUGAAAGAGAAAUCAUCAGAAGAAGGCAGACCCACCGAGACAACAGCAGCAUUUCAGGUUCAGGCACAGGCAGUAAGGGAGCAUUUGGAAGUAAUGUGUACAGACAACACAGGGGAAAGGAACGAUCUAACUGAGGUGCCUCUCUCUGAACUGAAGCCUCUGGAUGAUCACAAGCUGGAAAGUGGGGAAGUGACUGAGGGCAGGGUGGAGAAGAUUUGUUGUGGGUUCUUCUACAGGGAUGAUCAAAAAGAUGAGGAAGACAUUGCACAGAAGAAAGCAGCUCUCCUGGAGAAGAGGUUAAGGAGAGAGAAAGAGAUGCAGAUAAAGAAACAGCUUCAGGAGCAAGAGAUGGAGCAGAAGAAAGAAAUGUCAAGGCUGAAAGCAGAAGAGGAUCGCCAGAAGAAGGAGGAGGAGAAGGCAAGACGAGAUUACAUCAAAAAUGAGUAUUUGAGGAGAAGGCAGCUCAAACUAAUGGACGACAUGGACCGUGUCAUUAAACCCCGUCCCCCAAGUAUCAAACAUAAGAAGCCCCGCCCCAAGUCCAUGCACAGAGACAUUAUGGAAUCUCCCAAACUACCUGCUCAGACACACACAGGGCCACGACCUCGUGGAUACUCUGUCUCCAGUAUAUCGCUUGCCUCACUUAACUUGGCAGAAAAUGAGAGUGUCCAUACAGACAAGAGGAAGUCAAGGCACAACGAAUUUUCUCUGGGCAAUCUGUGUUUCUUUUUGAAUUCAUCAAAAGGGGCAAAGGACAGACCAGAGGUCACAGACUGUCAGCUGUCACCCUGUCCAACACUAAAUCGGAAUGGAGAGAACUGGGAAAACGAAUCAACAUCAUCGGCAGCAUCUAACACAGAAUACACAGGGCCAAAGCUUUACAAAGAGCCCAGUGCGAAGUCUAACAAGUACAUCAUCCAGAAUGCAUUGGCUCACUGCUGCUUGGCAGGCAAGGUCAAUGAGGGGCAGAAGAACAAGAUCCUAGAGGAAAUGGAGAAGACGGAGUCUAACAAUUUCCUUAUCCUGUUCCGUGAUUCGGGUUGCCAGUUCCGAUCACUCUACACAUACUGCCCAGAGACCGAGGAGAUCAGCAAGUUGACUGGCAUCGGCCCCAAGGCCAUCAUGCCCAAAAUGAUAGAGAGCCUGUUCAAGUACAGCUCGGACAAGAAGCAGUUUUGCCAUAUCCCAGCCAAGACCAUGUCAGCCAGCGUUGAUGCCAUUACCAUCUUUAACCACCUCUGGCAGACUAAGAAGCAGAGCACACCCAAAAAACUGCUUAAGUAAAGCAGGUGGAACACAAUUCAACAUGCACUACACGUCAUUGGAUAUUGAGCUAGGAUUUCAGAGAUUUUCUGUUAUCGCUGUUUAGCUUAUUUUUUCUGAGAGUGAAAAGAAUGACAUAAUUUCACUACAAUGCUACACACAACUUGAAUGUAGAUAUUGAAGGUGUGCAGGACUUUGGAGUUUGUCAUGUAAUUAACAUGACUUUAAUGUUGAACUGAGAGUAAACACAAUAUAGCUUGUCUGCAUGUGGUGUGCGUGUGACUGCCAAAGCCACAGGUUAAACGCUAUUGCAUUUUACUAGUUUUUACAUUUAUUCUUGCAAACACUAAACUUGUUUGAGUGUGUGUACUGGUGUAUUAUCAUAAACAGACACGGAGGGAUGUUACAAUUACCGUUUAAAGAUUGUGACAUUUAUGAAGUGUCAUUAUGUUUACUGGAAACUAGGCACCAGAAUCUCUGAAUUCUCUGUCUAAAUUUAUUUAUAUUUUGAUAAUUAUCAUCAAGUUGGUGCAAAAUAGCUUCUACCAGGUAAAUGUGUUUGUAUAUAAUGGCCUUUAUUUUCAUCUGACUGAGUAUAUUAUUUGGCUUGUACACUUCAUUGUGAGGCCUUUUGUGAUUUUAUAGAAAUAAGCACGAAUUUUAAGCUGCUAAACCAUAACAUAUCAUUCACGUAAUGACUGAUGUAACAAUCUCUUAAAUGUAACAUUCUCAGUUCAAUAUGUUCAGGUAAAAACAUACUGGUAACAUUUUUAAGACAGCUGACAGCUUUAGUACUUUAUGUUGACAAGUUACUAGUAAAACCUAAAUAAUUACAGAAUAUGUAUGAUCAUGCCUCCAUGCCAAUGCUGCCGAUAUACAUAUAAAUUUAAGUCUAAAUAACUUUACUUAAGUAUAAAAUUAAGUAUAAGUUUUCCCAAAAGUUGUUGCAUUUUUACAAGCUUUGUAUCAAGCAUUACUUUUUUUUUCUAUCUUUAGGUUCAAAAGAACCGAACAAUGUAUUUAUUUUUCUCUAUCAGAAGAAAUCAUUCAUCAAAUUUAUCAGAGCUGUACAUAUUAUAGUUUUGCAUAUUAAGCCUAUUUUUAAAGCCAUUGGAUAUUGGAUUCAGAUAUUUUUCAUAUUAACUAGGAAAUGCUUUAUCUUUGGAAGGUAUUGUGGGUUAUUGUUGCCAAGGAGCAAAGCUGAAGUGUAUCUAUGGGUGUUUCUUAAUACAAGAUUGCAUAGACAUGUAUUUGUGUGAAGAAUCUUUUUCCGGUUUCAAACAAACUUGCACUGAAACAGAGAUCAAAACAACAUCACUAUGUGUAGAAUGUGCUUGGUAGUUAAUAUUAACAUCUAGUCUACCAAAAUGAAACUUGCAUUAUUACAUUGCAUUGAAAUUCUCAAAGACCCAAAUUAAUGCAUCUUCAUCAAUAUUUAAGGGGACUUUGGGGGAGGAAUCUUUCUUACAAGUUGUUAAGUAUUUUACCAUUCUCAUACUUCAAUUCUUAUUGAGAAAUUUGUUUGCAUUUAAGUUGACCCUUGGCAGUGGAUGGGGUCAAAUAAGGAUUUAAAUUAAGAAAAACACUUGCAUUCUACCAUUCUAAAUGCUAUUUUAAAUAUACUGUCAGCUCUGGUCUGUACCUUUUGUGAAAUAUUAUUUUGAUAUACAAUUUAGUAUAGUUUCAAUCAUAGUCUAUGUAACAGCUGAAUAUUCAGUUUUCCUGUUCCUUCAUUCCGCACUGUUUGUGCUUGUACUUUUUGUCUGUGUGUUCUAUGUGUUCUUUUAUAGAACAACUGUAAUCCUGUUUCGCUGUACAAUACAGAUUUUCAUCCAAAUAA